UAUAGGACACAACGCAGUGUAAAAUGUGGGUCCUCCCAGUCUGACCCUGCGUCAGUGUGAUCACAGAGAGAAUCUCCUGACAGCAGCAGCAGCAGCAGCUGGGCUGUAGUGUAUGAGGAGUGAGGACUGAGGCGCCUCCUGUUAUUUUCCCCUCCUCUCCAUCCUUUAACGCCGAACCAGAACCAUUCAUCUCUCCCCUCCUUCAGGCUUCACAUCCGGGUCAUCCGCCACUAUCUGUCUCCUGUGUCUGCCUGUGUGUUUGACAGAAUUACCAUCGUUUCUGCCUCCGCCGCGCUGUACCGCAGCUCCCUGCCCGACUUCGCGGUUAGCUAAGCGGACACUUCGUCUGACGUUCGCCGCUGCUAAUGAUGGAGCCUUCAGUGCCGUGAGAAGCCGCCGCCACUCGUUCACAGACAGAAAUGACACGGUAGCAGGCGUUUGUAUGGGCUAGCCCGUUGGACAUUAACUCGCCCUCACCAUGUCUAAGAGCCUGAAGAAGAAGAACCACUGGACCAACAAAGUCCACGAAGCGGUUAUUACGCGCGGGAAGGAUGGGGAGAUGGGCUUUGAGCUGAAGGGGGGCGCGGAGAACGGCCAGUUCCCCUACUUUGGGGAGGUGAAGCAGGGGAAAGGACUGAUCCAGAGCGGCAAACUGGCCCAGGACGAGCUGCUGCUGGAGGUCAACGACAUGCCAGUGGCCGGACUCACCACUCGGGACGUGCUAGCCGUGAUUAAACACUGCAAAGACCCGGUCCGCUUCAAAUGUGUCAAACAAGGAGGAGUGGUUGACAAAGAUUUGCGGCACUACCUCAACCUGCGCUUCUCCAAGGGCUCUGUGGACCACGACCACCAGCAGAUCAUCAGAGACAACCUCUACCUCCGCACUGUUCCCUGUACCACAAGGCAGCCUAAGGAAGGGGAGGUGCCGGGGGUGGACUACAACUUUGUGAGUGUAGAGCGUUUUAUGGAACUGGAGCAAAGUGGAGCCCUGCUAGAGAGUGGAACAUAUGAAGACAACUUCUACGGGACACCGAAGCCUCCAGCAGAGCCCUCCCCUGCAGCUCCUCCUCUGAAUGUGAGUGAGGCCUUGUUACCUGGUGCCCGGCCCAGCGCACAGGGCAAGAGGAAGAGAAACCAGUCGGUAAGCAACAUGGAGCAGCGUGCCAGCCUGGAGCCGCCUGAGGAAGAGGAAGAGGAGAGUCCAGUUGUCAACGGCAACGGGGUGGCCAUCACACCAGAGUCCAGUGAACACGAGGACAAGAGCACAGAUGCCUCUGGCGAGGUUGCCGUUGACGUGUCCAGCCAGGCGCCGGCCUCCAUCGAGGUCAACACCGAAGGAGAAGAGGCUCCAAGUUCUCCCCCUAAAUCUCCCGGCAAAGUCCCAGAUGCAGAUGAGGAGGAGCUGGGCCCUCUGCCUGACAACUGGGAGAUGGCCUACACGGAGAAGGGGGAGGUCUACUUUAUAGAUCACAACACCAAAACCACAUCAUGGCUGGAUCCUCGGCUCGCAAAGAAAGCAAAGCCACCAGAAGAAUGCAGAGAAGACGAGCUGCCCUAUGGCUGGGAGAAGAUAGACGACCCCAUCUAUGGCAGCUACUAUGUAGAUCACAUCAACAGAAGGACUCAGUUUGAGAACCCAGUUGUAGAAGCCAAGAGACGUCUGGAGCAACAACGACAGAUUCAGAGCCAGGGUCUGUCUGCUCUACCGUUACCCACCAUCUACAGAGAGAAGUCCUUAUUCACAAGAGACCCGACCCAGCUGAAGGGCACCUUCCUGUCCACAGGCCUUCAAAAAAGCAACAUGGGAUUUGGCUUUACAAUUAUAGGAGGUGACGAACCAGAUGAGUUUCUGCAAGUGAAGAGUGUGAUUCCAGAUGGACCUGCUGCUCAAGAUGGAAAGAUGGACACAGGUGAUGUCAUCGUCUACAUUAAUGACAUCUGUGUUCUUGGCACCACACACGCCGACGUUGUGAAACUCUUUCAGUCUGUACCCAUUGGUCAGAGUGUCACUCUUGUGCUCUGUCGAGGAUAUCCUUUGCCGUUUGACCCAGAGGACUCCAGUGGAGCAGCGGGCACUUCUCUGACGCCAAUAGGCAUGGAACACUGCCCUCUGGUGGUGAAUGGGCGAAGCAGCUAUGACCCAUACCUUGAGUAUCUGUCAUUGAGCUCUCAGCUGCCUCCUCAGGCUCUGGCCCAAGCUGGAGCACACCACCCCGGAGACACUCAUCUGGACGGCUCAUCACUGCCGCCCACCACCCCCGGCUCAGCCUCAGCCCUCACACCUCAUGACGACGUGUCCAUGGCGUCCUCGGGCACUGCAGGAGUUACAGGCACAACAGCUCAAGGAGCUGAGCUGCUCACAGUUACCAUGGUGAAAGGGGCGGAGGGAUUUGGUUUCACCAUAGCUGACAGUCCAACUGGUCAGCGAGUUAAACAGGUGCUGGAGCCAGGCUCACAGGGAGCAUCGGGGUUGAUAGAAGGCGACCUGAUCCUGGAGGUGAACCAGCAACCUGUGGCUGCAGCAGGACAUGGACAAGUAGUAGAUAUGCUGAAAGAGUGCCCUGUGGGAGCUGAGGCUACGCUGGUUAUACAGAGAGGAACAGGCCACAUCUCUCCAUGGAAAGCCUCCAAACAGCUUACAGAUCACUGGGACCCACACGGCAGCCCACAGCCACACCUGUCAGGCCCAGUCCUGCCUCCUGGCACACCCUUCCCAAACCAACCACAGCACCGCACCUCGGUGCCAGACUCCACCGAAGGCUUUGACCUGAUCAAACCUGACCCGUAUGACCUCUACGAAAAGUCCAGGGCAAUCUACGAGAGCCGACGUCCAGAGUACGAGGAGGUGGAGGUACACCUGUUGAGGGAGAAGACAGGGUUCGGCUUCCGCAUCUUGGGCGGAGAUGAGGCUGUGCAGGCUAUUGUAAUUGGUGCCAUCAUAGAGAACACACCUGCGGAGCGUGACGGGCGUCUGCGACCUGGAGAUGAGCUGAUUUCUGUGGAUAAAAAUGUGGUUGCUGGGCAACCGCACAAAUAUGUCAUCGACUUGAUGCAUGCGGCUGCUCGUAACGGACAAGUUAGCCUGACUGUGAGGAGGAGAGUUCAAGCACCUGGUGAACCAUGUCCCGUGAAUGGCCGGAGUCCUGGUCCAGUGUCUGCUCAGCACAGCUCCCCUCACAGCGAUGCAGCCUCAGCUUUAGCCUCAGCAGCAGCAGCCGCCGCCGCCACCUCACCUGCAGAGGGAUCAGCACUGCAGACCAGUGACGUGGUCAUUCACCGCAAGGAGAAUGAGGGGUUCGGUUUCGUCAUCAUCAGCUCUCUGAACAGACCGGAGAAUGCCACCGUCAUCACUGUACCCCAUAAAAUAGGCCGGAUCAUCGAGGGCAGCCCUGCAGACCGAUGUGGGAAGCUGAAGGUGGGAGACCGGAUCCUGGCGGUGAACGGACAGUCUAUCAUCAGUAUGCCCCACGCAGACAUUGUCAAGCUUAUUAAAGAUGCCGGACUAACAGUCACACUACACAUCAUACCAGAAGAGGGUUCCCAAUCUGGUCCCAGCUCUGAGAAGCAAAGCCCCAUGACCCAGAAACACAGCGUACAGACCCAGCCCAGCCCUGUAGCCCAGCCCAACCAAGGAGGCGCCCAGCCUGGCCAAACAGCUCCUCAGCCUGGACAGACAGCCAUACACACAAGUCAAGCACCUGCGCAGCCGGGCCAGACAGUCACUCAGACCAACCAAACAGUAACUGCAUCAGCAGCCCCCCAUCCUGCACCAGCUGGAAACCAGCAAAGUCCAGUCAGCCAGCCCUCGGGCCUCCCUCCACAGCUUUAUCUCCAUGAUGGCAGGUCAGAGGUAAAAGCCAGGCAGGAUGUCAAACCUGACUUCCGUCAUCCUCCAUUCACUGAUUACAGGCAACCUCCGGUAGAUUAUCGCCACCCACCAAUCACUGACUAUCGCCAGCCCCCCACACUGGACUACAGACACCCGCCUGGUCUGCUGGACUUCAGACAACAUCCUGCAGCAGCGCAGUUUCCUCUCGGAAUUUCGACUGAUUUCAGACCACAGGACUUUGACUACUUCACAGUGGAGCUGGAGAAAAGUGCAAAAGGGUUCGGCUUCAGCAUCCGUGGGGGCAGAGAGUACAAGAUGGACCUGUUUGUUCUACGCCUUGCUGAGGACGGUCCUGCCAUACGCAAUGGCAGGAUGAGGGUGGGGGAUCAGAUCAUAGAGAUCAAUGGGGACAGUACUCGAGAAAUGACACAUGCCCGUGCCAUUGAACUAAUAAAGGCAGGAGGCAGGCGGGUCCGGCUGCUGCUGAAGAGAGGAACCGGUCAGGUGCCAGAGUAUGACUGUAGCGGCCCCUGGGAUUACCUUUCUACAGCCCACCCUGCCAUGCAGGAAGUGACCUUCGAGCCCCACCCGAAUCCAUUGCGCUCAUCCCUAGACUUCCCUCAUCAACUCCACCUAGAGGCCACGGUGUGCAUGGCGGACAAAGCUUUGCAGCUGACAGAGCACGGCUCCAUUAGAGGGGCUAUAGGUGGCAGGUCCACCCAGCAGAAGAGCCUCGUCAGGGGUCAAGGAACGCCUCAGGGCCCAGCGGAGGUGGACUGUGUCGCGAGCAACGAGCAGCCUCUGGCUCUGCCUCCUAAAGCUGUCCUGGGGAGGUCAACUGAAACACGGGAGAGGCAGAAAGAAACUUGUUCCCCCUGCUGUGACAAAAAGGUUUUACACACACAGGCAAUGAGCGCCAUCUGGCCGUGGGACGCAUAUAUUAGUGUGAAUUCCAAUGAAGCCCCUCCGGCUGGUGGUGAGGGACAUGUCGGCCUCCAGGAGAGGCUUGUGUCCAGAGGUUCGUUGUCCAGAGAAGAAGAGAGGACCAGUGGCCAUGGUGGUCUCUGUUGCCCCUCUAAAAUUUUGGAUGAUCCAGCUGCUUCCCCUGCGCCCUGGAGUGUUCCUGAGUCCUAUAAACUGCCUGGCACUCUGAGGUCCUGGACCUCCACAGUAAGCAGGUAGAAUGGAUCUAACUGGUUUAAACUGGAUUACACUGUGUGGCUCCGUAUUCAUUUCAGCAUCAAGAGGAAAGUUCUUCAUCGCUCCUUCUUUGUGCCCUCCGUUCUUUUUCACGUUCCACCCUGAUUUAAUGCUCUCUUUUGAGUUAGAUUUUCAGUUGAGAUGAUUAUUACACCAACAACCUUAAAACAAAAGAACAUUCACAGUUAUUGUAACAUACAGUACAGAAUAUAAGGUCGCUACUCAGCAUGACGGUGUUUCUGGACCCUCAGCCACAAAACCUGUUGCUCUGAUCAAAGACGGCACGGCAACAAUUGGUUCUGAAGUGGAACUUUAACUCCAACAUACCUGACGGUGGAAAAGAGAGAGGCACUCUCAGCCGAGAGGUCAACUAGCGUCCUGUUUCCUGCAGACGACAGAUCUGUCGGUCGGAGAAAGUAAAAGACAAAAACUCCUAGUGACGACCUUGUCGGCCCAGCAUUCAUUAAGAUCCUACACGCCUAAAAAUAUAUCAUAUACUGUAAAUGUAAAAAUGUGAAAAUAUGUACAUUUGGUAAAGUCAGAAGCAUACCUGUCUGUGUUGUUUUAUUUUUUAAGGCCUUGUUCUCAGUAGAAACGGGCAGAGGAGUUGACAGGGCAGGAUCUCAGCAUCAGUCUGUCCACGGCCUGACCUGUAGUACAUAUCAAAGACAGACAGUCACCAAACACAGGCUGCUCGUGUGAAGCAGUGCUUAUAUGCAUGGAUGUAAACCAUCACGUCAGUACACAAGCACUCACAGGUCACUGAUGACAACUUCCUCUGUGGAGCUGACAGUGACCAAAUCUGACGAGGAGUGAGGAUUGAGAUUUUGCAGGACAAGAGAGAGUUGGCUUCGUAUUCAAAGUUAAGUGAUGUACACGAGCAGGUGACCAGUAAACCAUGCAGUCAUUGUGCAGUAUUAUAAAACUGUGCUGUGUUUAUUUUUUAAGGCUUAAAUAGUAUUUUUGUCCGGUCUGUAUUUUUCCAUUUUAUGCCUUUUAACUGUGCUAAGUGUACCACAUCACUGUGGGAGCAGAGCGUCGGUGUGAGGAACGGGAGGCCGAGGGAGACGAGGUGAGGCGGAGUGCCUUAACUCAAACUAAUGCAGUGCUGUUGCUGUGUUUGUGCUUUGUUUUGGGAGUUCAACACAAAACAGAUGAUCGAUGACCAAUCAGACAUAUCAGCAAACUGUGGAGUGGUUUCCUCCAGAUGUAACGCAGAGCACUACAGUACGGUACAGUACAGUAUACAACAGUACAGUACAGUAGUUCUGAUGCACUCGACGUUAUGAUUACCUUAGUGUUGAAGGUCAACGUUGACCCAGACAGGGUUAAUAUUCAAGUGGACCAUGCUUUCUGUUGUUUUACUGUUAUUUCAGUUUGUUUGAUUUGUCGUUUUCACACACACACACACACACACACACAGAGGAAGCGUUUUUCUCUGAAUCAGACCCCACCAAACACCCCUACUUCAACAGUCGAGGCAUGCUGCUAUCAAAUUGUCACUACCUUCAUACUAUUCUCUCACUUUUUAAAUUUGUAACUACCAGAAAUGCUUGGUCUCAACAAAAAAAAAAUUGUAAUUAUAAAAAGAAGAAAAAAACGACGACAGCACCUCAGUUGAAAAGCGUCCAAAACAACGCGGCCUGAUGAAAGAUCUGAGCUUCACGAGCCGUAGGUUGGUGUCGACCUGCUGACAAACUGCCUUCAAAGGACAUGGUUCAUCCAUAGACUGGGACACAAAGCAUCAUCUGGACUAAACUUGAUCUGAAAUACAACAAAAACAAAACAAUGGUUAACCCUGUGCUGACAUGAAGAGGCUACUAUAUUUGUGGUUAAUGCCACGGAUCGACACGGUCGGUGAGGAGCACACCGACGUGCUGCUCAGCUGUGAAAAGAUUUGAAAUAAGGAGUCACAAAAGGAGAAGUCAUUCAGCCCUCUGUUUUCGCCCAGGUCGCCCCCUGCCUGCUAUGAGUGAUUUUGUAUACAGAACAAAAAACAAAAACAAAAAACGCUUUGUGAAUACAUGUGAUGGAUGGCACGUUCAUAACCCCCCCCCCACCCCCCGAGUAUAACUGUGUAGUGUUAAUUGUGUAAUUUUCAUCUUGUACAGCUGUAUUCCUACAAAUAUGGUUUACUGUAUCAUUGAUACUGUAGUUUCAAAGACGUGAACAACUAUUUUUCUGAAAUGCAACAGUACUGAUAUAUAACAUUUUGCUAAAAAAAAUGUAAAAAAAAAACUUGUUUACUGAAAGAUAUUCUGAAAUAUUGUAAAAAAAUAAACUCGACAUGGUGUAAGACAUUC